AUGGCUUUGGCUCCCUCCGUUAGGUUUGGGGUGCUGGCAACUUUGCUACUUGCCGUAGCCGAGCCUUUUGGUCAGGCGCAUCGCUGGCCAGAACUUCAUCGAAGAUACCUCAACGGCUGGGGACAAGUGAAGCUAUCGUACGAUUAUGUGAUCAUCGGAGCCGGGACAGCCGGCUUGACCUUAGCUGAUCGCCUCACGGCGGACGGGAAGACUACUGCUCUGGUCGUGGAGAAUGGAAAGCUAGUCGAUUCCCCUAGAAUUGACCAGGUUUACUCCGGCACUGCUGCUAUAGGGCCAACAUGGUCGUACCACAUCAAUUCAGUUCCUCAAGUCAACCUGCAGAACCGCACGACGGCGGUGCUGGCGGGAAACUUAGUCGGCGGCAGCUCAGCUAUCAACGCGAUGAUGACCGUCCGAGGAACAUCGGAGGAUUAUGACCGAUGGGGUAAAUUCUUCAGUUCCAACUCCACUUGGUCUUGGGAGGGUCUGUUACCGUAUCUGAAGAAGGCCCUGAACUUCGUGCCCCCUGAAGUAACUGUCGCGGAGGCCACCAAUAUCACCUACGAUACUUCGUUUUGGGGCAAUACCUCCGGCGUCUACGCAGGGUGGCCGUCAUUCCAAUGGCCCGGGUUAACUACACAGAUCGAAGCCUUCCAGGACAUACCAGGGGUUGAGUUCCCACCCGACAGCGGCGCAGGCAGGGCAGGCGUGUACUGGUUUCCCACGUUCAUGGACCCCAACAGAGUCCAGAGGUCAUAUGCCAGAACCGGGCACUACGACGAGAUCAAUCGGACGAACCACGAGGUCAUCACAGAGUCCCAUGUGACAAAGAUUCUGCUUGAGGAUGGCGCGGCUACGGGAGUCGUCUUUCGGCAAACGAUCGGUAAUGUUACCCAGCUCACCACUGUCAAGGCCACGCGAGAGGUUAUUGUGUCAGCUGGUGCGGUUCACUCUCCUCAGCUGUUACAGCGCAGCGGCAUCGGACCGAGAAAGCUCCUCGAGGCUGCGGGUAUCAACACGACAGUCGAUCUGCCCGGCGUCGGCCAGAACUUCCAGGACCACCCGAUGAUGUUCAUGCAAAUUAUACUCGGAAAUUUCACGGUCCAUCCGAGCCCGACGGACAUGUUCGGGAACCGGAAUUUUAUUGAGUGGGCCCAGGAAGUAUGGAGAGUCAACAAGACGGGGCCAUACUCCAUGGGCAUCGGAAACGCCGCGGCCUGGUUAGGCAUGCCAGUCAUCUCUCCCGACAGAUUCGAAAGCAUAGCGACCAAAUUGGAAACUCAGGAUCACGCAGCCCAGUUACCUCCCGACACAGACCCGACAGUUAUUGCUGGAUACAGCGCACAGAUGAAGGACAUGGCAGCGUCGAUCCGCUCCUCGAAUACCGCGUUCUACAACCACGUCCUAACUGGCGCCGGAUCGUCGGGGACGCUCGUGGACUUGCACCCGCUGAGCCGGGGCACGGUCAACAUCAACACGACGGACCCGUUCGGGGCGGAGCCGGUGGUGGACUACCGGGCGCUGAGCAACGGGGUGGACGUCGACAUCCUGGUCGAGAUGCUGCGCUUCACGAGGCGCUACUUCUUCGAGACGCGGCUGCGGGAGUACGCGCCGCGCCAGGUGCAGCCGCCCGACUCGGUCGACGCGCCGGCGGACCUCGCCGGCUUCCUCGCCCGGAACCUCAGCCCCUCCGAGUUCCACCCGGCCGGCACCUGCGCGAUGCUGCCGCGUGCGCUCGGCGGCGUAGUUGACGAGGGCCUCCGCGUCUACGGCGUCCGCCGCCUGCGCGUCGUCGACGCCAGCGUCAUGUCCGUCCUGCCCGGGGCCAACACCUGCCAGACCGUGUACGCCAUCGCCGAGAAGGCGGCCGAUCUCAUCAGGGCCGAUGCGUAAUCGAAGCGCGGAUUCCGCCGUCCAACUGUCCUUUCGACGAAGUCGCUCACGGCCCCCGGGGCAUCCAAGAGGUGACGGGGUCGAUAGAAACCUAUGGUAUAGAGGAGUGGUAGAGGAUGCCACGAGAAAUAUUUCGUUGCCGUAUUCUCUUUUGUGUACUUGGCCAGAUCGUCCGAAUCAUAUAUACGCAGCUCCUCGUUCAGAUUUGCAGGCAGGACGCCAUCAAUGCUUAACCGCGAUAGAGCGAGCUCGUGCGUCGGGAUACUCCAUUCGUAUUAGGGGCCGUGUUAAAUCCGGCACCUGGUUCGUCGACUUGUAGAUGAAAUAUGAGGUGGGUUACCCCAUGCCGUUCGUCUCAU